AUGCCUCAACUUGAUAAAUUAACUUAUUUCUCACAAUUUUUCUGGUUAUGUCUUCUCCUCUUUAGUUUUUAUAUUCUCUUAUUUAAUAAUAAUAAUGGAAUACUUGGAAUUAGUAGAAUUCUCAAACUACAGAACCAACUGCUUUCGCGCCGGGGGGAGGGGGGCGAGAUCCAGAGCAAGGACCCUAAGAAUCUGGAAGAUAUCUCGAGAAAAGGUUUUAGCAAAUAA